AUGGUCGCACUAGAAGCCCCGGAAGAGUUCCGCUCAUCUCACCCCACGGCAUCAACACAAGGCCAGCUGGCUUCGGACGCUCCACAACUGCAAGGCCUCGCCGAGAAGCACCCCGAGCUUCUGAUAUACACCCUCUCCGCCGAGGGCUACGAAGACGUCCGGUCCUUCUUCAGCGCGGGCAUGGUGCAGCAGCCCCUGGCCGUCAUCCGUCCCAGGACAGAAGCCGAAGUCUCGGCCGUCGUCCAGGAAGUGCGCGCCCAGGGGAUACCGUUCGGCAUCCGGAGCGGCGGGCACGACUUGACCGCCGCCCAGGCGCAGGGAAGAGAUGGGAUCAUCAUCGACAUGAGGGGCAUGGACGGCGUCUCCGUCGCGGAGGACAGGAAGUCCGCCCGAGUCGGUGGCGGCAUCCUGGGCAUCAAGCUCUCGCGGUUCCUCCAGCAGCACGGCCUCCUCACGCCCCACGGCUGGUGUCCGACGGUGAGCAUGGCCGGCUGGGCCCUCGGGGGCGGGUACGGCUACUCGAGCGCGUUCUACGGGCUGGGCGUCGACCAGGUCCUCGGCGCGCGCGUCGUGCUCGCGAACGGCGAAAUCGUCGACACGGAUGGCCACGUCGACCUGCUCUGGGCCCUGCGCGGUGCCGGCAACGGCAACUUCGGCAUCGUGGUCGAGCUCCGGGUCAAGCUGUAUCCCCAGACGGGCUUCCUGGCGGGGUUCCUCGGGUUCCCCAGCGAACAGGCCGGCGACGUGCUGGCCGGGUACGGCACGUUCGAGAAGGAGGAUGUGCCGGUCAACUUCACAGGCGAGGUAUCCCACAUGACGCUGCCCGGCGUCGGGCCCGUCAUCGCGUGGUUGUUUGCCUGGACGUCGGAGAACGAAGACCUCGACGACGGAUGGGCGUUUCUGGACAAGAUGAAAGCACUCGGGACACCGGUACUCAACACUGUUGCCGCAGUUGACGACUACACCUUCUUCAACACGAUUCCCUCGCCGACCAACGUCCACUGGCGGCCUCGCCUGCGCACGUUUGAAUGCUUCACGCCGGAGGUGGCCAGCGCCUUUGGGAAGCAUCCGCCUCCGGCGCCGACGUGCGGGACCGUCAUCCACAGCGCGCAUGGCCGGGCGCUCGACGAGAACACGGGCGCCUGCUACCCGCUGCGCACGAGGCACCACAUCGCAAACCCCUCGGCCGGCGUGGUCGACGCGACGGCGCAGGCAGCCGAGUUCGACGAGUACAAGAGGUGGGUGGACGGCCUGGUGGACGACCUGUCGAGGCAGGGUCUCGCGCUGCCGUACGGGCACCGCAACCUGGGUCCCGAGGAGGACAUGGACUGGGUGGCCACGUACGGCGAGAAGACGUUGGCUAGGCUGAAGGAGGUCAAGAAAAAGUUUGACCCCGGCAACCUGUUCAAGACUGGGUACCCGCGGCUGGACCUGCUUUGA